AUGGCUGUCAACGGAGAUUCUCUAACUGCAGCUGAAUUGCGUGAGAUUAAGGAGUACGAAAGAAUAAUACAGUUUAAGGAUGCUGUCCUCGCAGGCAUACAUCCUCGAAUAAAAAUUCCUCCCCACCUCGCUGCGAAGUCGUCCAACUCGACGCGCCAUCUCUCGUCACCCACCAAUUCCACUCCGAACUCGAACCACAUCGCGAAACCAUCGCCAUACACAGCGACUCAACCCCAAGACCAGCUCUCCUACUUUCCAUUUUCCACCAACAACCGGCCUACUUCAUCUGCCAAUGGCCACGCGCCCAAGUCUGGCAAAUCCGAGAUUGAUCCCAUAUUUCUACAAAAGUCUGAUGAUCUUAUAAAGGCUGAGAUGAAUCUACAAAGGCAGAGGCUCGAGAGGUCACUGAGGGACCAGAUCGAAGACCAGCGUCAGAAAGCGAAAGCUUUGCUUCAAACGUCUGAGUCACUUCCUAGUUUUGAUAUUUCUGAAGUCUUGUUGAAAGCGCAAGCUCUUGUCAAUCCCUCUUCUGCAGCCCACACCGAGCCAGCAAUGGCGACUGGUGAUACCCCAGCAGAUAAUUCUGAUUCUUUUGACGAGAAUUCUUUCUAUUCUAGCCAGCAUGACAGUUCUCAGUGGUCAAAUUCUUCACAGGGUCAAAAAGAGCCAGUAGAGAUUCAGUCACAAGGUCUAGCACCUGUUGAGAGAGGAUCUGGUGAGCCUCAAUCUGCAAAUGAUGGCGUUGGAGGUGCACAGAAAGAUAUGAAUUCGCUAUCCACAAAUAAUCAACCAGCAGCCAAUACUCAACUUUCACAGUCACAGUUUCAGUACAGUUCUUCCAAUUUGCCAGGUUUAGGUAUGGAAUCGGUAGGAGCUGCCAUGAGCAGCACACUGACGAAAAACGCUGGGAAGAGCGCAGAGGUAGGCCCGGAGAGAAGAAACACGUCUGACGAGCCUGGUCCCUCUGCUCGAAAAGGUGACCAAGCCAUUGUACAUAGUACGACUGAUCAGCUUCUUCGACAGGCUUUUGACAAUGGUCCAGCUCCACCUGUUAUGCGUGUCCACAACCUCUCUCCAUUAGCCCCUCAGCCUGCUCGAGUAUCUCCGUUGGCUACCGCAAGAGACCCUCCAAUUUUGCGCGGCAACUUGCAUGCUAAUGAGGGCCAACCUGCUCAAAUCACUGCUCUAAGAAAUCAGAUUGGGGGAAUGUCAAGUACAGACAGCUCUCCAAAGGCUAAGCAGCCCGAAAGAGAAAAGAAGAGAGGCAAGAAAAAGAAGAGAAAGGCCAAUAACAGUGGCGACUCACCUGAUUCUAUUUACAUCAAACCAGAACCCAGAUCAACUUCUCCGUAUGCAGUUGCACCUCUGCCGAGACCACAGAAGAGACAACGACAAGUAGGCCAAUACGCCGCUGAGCUCAAUUAUGAUGAUCAGCCUCGAUAUCAGCCGGAUGGUGCCGAACCUGAUCGUUCAACUCAACGAGAUCGCUAUGCAGAACCUCGCGGCCCUCCACCACCAGAGCGAAUGGACGUACGAUAUGAGACCGAAACUCGCAGGCCAGAGCCUGUGAUCCGCCGACUUGCAAGAGAGGAUGAUAGUUAUAGACGAGUCAGCAGUGACUCUUUCGCUCGACGACCUCUUUCGCCUGCUUCGCCGGCCUAUGGUGAUUUCCCCAGACCUAGAGCUGUAUCAAUCAUAGAUGAUGAGCGUUCUACGGAGAGAGCCAGAUACUAUGUUAAGGAGCCAAGGAUCUAUCGACCGGAUGCAGAUCGUGAGCGGUCCAGGUCGCCUAUAAUGCGUGAACCAAGAUCACCAGUAAUGGCGCCUCCUCGACAACCAGUCAGGAUUGUUGUGGAUGAGUAUGGUAGAGAAUACAUCGAUCCCGACCCAGCCCCAGUAUCAGUCCGACAUUCAGUAGCCCCUCCAGCAAGGUACCGCGAAGAAGUUAUCACUCCAACAAGGUACCGAGAAGAAGUCAUCUACGAACGGCCGUCAAUCCGGUCCACCCCCAGACGAGCUGUCGAGUAUGAAGAGGAUGGCGUUAUUUAUCGAAGACCGGCAUCACCAUUGUCAGCUGUCCCUCGGCGAAUCGUCACCCAACCAGAAUUUGCUAUGCCUCCCCCUGUUGACUACAGAGCUUAUCGAGAAAGAGAAUACUCUGCUCGACCACCAACAAUGGCACCACCAGGAGAAGACUAUACACCUACCAGGGUUCCUGAGAGACGGGUGGUUAGCCAGUACGAUGCGCCGGCUCGCGAAUAUGCAACCCGAACGCCUGUCGCACGUGAGAGAGAAGCAUACCCACGAGCAGUCAGCGUACAUCCAGACGCCGUACGAUAUGAAAUCCGGGGAGAUGCGCCUCGUGAACUCACUAGAGCUCCGAGUGUUCGACCAGGCGCAGAAGCCAUUAGAUAUCAGCCACGAGAAGAAGUUCCUCGCGAGUACAUCAGAGCGCCAACUGCUCGACCCGAGUCAAUCAGAUAUGAGACGCGUGAAGACGCAUUGAGGGACUAUGAUACCAGAGCAAUGAGUGUACGACCAGAUGUUGGAUAUGAAGCUCCUCGGGGAUACGUGAGUAGGAUGUCGAGUGUACGUCCUGAGGCGCCUCCGCGAGAGUACAUUGGCAGCGUGCGUGCUGAAGCGCGGAGGGAGAUGGUUCCAAUCCCACAACGAGAAUACAGUGUAAGACCUAUGGAAGCGCCGCCUAUCAGAAGAGAAUACUUGCCACCUCCUGCUGGCGAGGAGCGAUAUUACGGGGAUGCACCACCCAGGGCAAGGCCAGUCGAAGUCGGGUAUGGGGAAGCUCCACGAGCACGAGAGGCUUCUGUUGUUGUGUAUGGCGAUGAGCCCAGGCGGGAAGUGUAUAGAUAG